AUGGUUUAUGUAAUAUCAGGAAUAGCUCAGAAGAAAAAGCUCAUAGAACUGAGUUACGCUUUACCCUGCGUAACUAUAUGCUGGUUAGGAAAUACAAAAAUUGUUCCCGUGAUUGCAAAUGAAAAAUCAAUCGACUUGUUGAUCAAUAAUAUAAGGCAAUUUGAAACAGAGCAGAAGAACCGUCCCAUUGAUUUGGAAGUCGACAAAAUAAUAAAAGAAGAAGACGACUAUUUGAACAAAACAAUAAGAGUAUUGUAUAUCUUCUACAUCGUACUUCUUGCAUCAUUUCCUUUCAUCCCAUUGGUGUUAAUGCUUUUAAAAUACUUGGAAACCAACGAGGUGGAAUUGAUUUUACCGUUUUUGGUCGUGUAUCCUUUCGAUGCGUUCGAUAUAAAAUAUUAUCCAUAUGUAUAUUUACGACAAAUUUGGUCAGGUUAG